GGCGGCGGCUGGGAGGUGAGAGCGGGCGGCGGUGGCGUUGGCGGUGGUGGUUGGGGACUGAAGAGGGUUCAUAAUAAAGGUGCUAAGGAAGAGAAUGUAAGACGGGAGAAAAACUAAAUAUUUUUAUUGAGUCUCUUUAACAGGCCACGUGUAAGAGGUAUCUCGUACUCCUUGUUCUCAGUGGCUGGAACACAAUGGAUCACGGAGGGGCUCCAGACACUGAAGAUGAGCUGGGUCCUCUAGCCCAUCUUGCACCAAGUCCUCAAAGUGAGGCUGUUGCUCAUGAAUUCCAGGAGCUCUCCUUGCAGUCCAGUCAGCAUUUACCCUCUCUGAAUGAAAGGAAGAAUGGAAGUGUAGUCUUUGGAGAGUCAGGACUCCAGCUUCCUCUGCUGACUCAGUCUGUGAGCAUGGUGCUCCAGCUAAGGCUUCAACAAAGGAGGACAAGAGAACAACUAGUGGACCAGGGCAUCAUGCCACCUCUGAAGAGCCCAGCGGCAUUCCAUGAACAGAUAAAAAGCUUGGAGCGAGCCAGAACUGAAAACUUCUUGAAACACAAGAUUAGGAGUCGACCAGAUCGUUCUGAACUUGUAAGGAUGCACAUUUUAGAAGAAACAUUUGCAGAGCCAUCUCUGCAGGCUACACAGAUGAAGUUGAAACGAGCUCGACUGGCGGAUGAUCUGAAUGAAAAGAUUGCUCAAAGGCCAGGUCCUAUGGAGCUGGUGGAGAAGAACAUCCUUCCUGUGGACUCCAGUGUUAAGGAAGCAAUUAUAGGUGUUGGGAAGGAGGACUAUCCCCACACUCAGGGCGAUUUCUCAUUUGAUGAAGACAGCAGUGAUGCUUUGUCUCCAGACCAGCCCGCAAGCCAGGAGUCUCAGGGGUCAGUGGCAUCCCCAAGUGAGCCAAAAGUUAGUGAAGCGCCAUCUCCUGUGACAACAAACACUCCAGCCCAGUUUACUUCAGUGUCCCCAGCAGUUCCUGAAUUCUUGAAAACUCCUCCAAAUGUGGAUCAGCUUCCUACAAGGUCCACAGCUCCUGUCCUCCCCACGAACACUGUAUCUUCAGCAAAGCCUAGCCCUACACUGGUAAAGCAAAGCCAUCCUAAGAAUCCGAAUGACAAACACCGCAGCAAAAAGUGCAAAGAUCCCAAACCCCGGGUAAAGAAGUUAAAGUACCACCAGUACAUUCCACCGGAUCAGAAAGGUGAGAAGAACGAGCCACAGAUGGACUCCAACUACGCCCGCCUGCUCCAGCAGCAGCAGCUCUUCCUGCAGCUGCAGAUCCUGAGCCAGCAGCAGCAACACUACAACUACCAGGCCAUCCUGCCAGCACCGACCAAAAAUGACAAAAAUAACAACAGUGGAAAUUCAUCUUUGAACAAUACCAUGCCCAACACACCACGACAGAAUACGUCUGCUCCUGUGAGAAAGCCGGGACCUCUGCCUUCUAGCUUGGAUGACUUAAAGGUAUCAGAACUGAAGACAGAACUGAAGUUGAGGGGUCUGCCAGUGUCAGGCACCAAACCGGACCUCAUUGAACGCUUGAAACCCUACCAGGAGGUGAACAGCAGUGGCCUUGCUGCUGGCAAUAUUGUCACAGUGUCAUCAUCAGCAAUUGUCACCAGUAACCCGGAAGUCACCAUGGCAUUGCCAGUCACAACACUUCACAAUGUUGUGACUAGCUCAGUCCCCACUUUCAAGGCAGAAAUGCCAUCUGCUGUGCCUGGCAACGUAGCCCAUGCCGAAAAUCUUCAUUCCCCUCUGCCAGUCUCACCGUCACCUUCUGAACAGUCUAGUCUCAGUACUGAUGAUACGACCAUGGCAGACACCUUCACCGAGAUUAUGACCAUGAUGUCCCCCUCACGGUUCUUGUGUUCAUCUCCCCUGAGAGUGGCAAAUCACGAAGACAGCCUGAGCCCCACUAGUAGCACUCUGUCAAACCUGGAACUAGAUGCUGCUGAGAAAGAUCGCAAGCUUCAGGAGAAGGAGAAGCAGAUCGAAGAGCUAAAGCGAAAACUGGAACAAGAGCAGAAGCUCGUGGAGGUUCUGAAGAUGCAACUUGAAGUUGAAAAACGAGGGCAGCAGCAGCAGCGGCCACCAGAACCCCAGCCCAGCACCCCUGUUCAUUCUGCCAGCACAUCAAACCAGAAACAUGGUAGCAUUGGUUCCUCCGUCAAGGACGAGGCCUCACUGCCUGAAUGCUCCAGCCCCCGGCAGCCUAUCCAGGCACCGGGCCACUGUGUAGGCCAGCCCAUCUCUACCAGUGCCCAGACCCUUGUUGCCAAAAAGGCCAUAGUAAUCAAACAAGAGCUCCCUGUGGCCCAGGCAGAACAGCAGAGUGUAGUCUCACAGUUUUAUGUGAGCUCCCAAGGACAACCACCCACUGUUGUUGCUCCACCCCAGGCUUUGCUGACCACACAGACUGCUCAGCUGCUGCUCCCAGUGUCUAUCCAAGGCUCCAGUGUCACAUCAGUGCAACUCCCAGUAGGCAGCCUCAAGCUCCAGACUCCACCACAAGCAGGAAUCCAGACUCAGCCUCAGAUUGCAACUGCUACGCCAGUCCCAGCUGCAGCCUUGCCCUCAGGCCUGGCCCCCACUGCACCUCAGAAACAGGAUGCUUUCCCACAGCAUGUGGUCAGCCAGCCUCAGCAAGUCAGGAAGGUUUUCACAAGCUCAGCACCAAAUCCAGUUCUUCCAUAUCCAAGACAGUCUGCUCCAGCAGUGCAGCAGCCCUUUGUUGCCAAGACCUCCAACAGCGUUCUUCAGUCCAGAACCACCCCACUUCCCUCCCUGCAAAAUGGAACCAACACUUCCAGCAAGCCUAGCUCAUCCCCACCACCCCAGCAGUUUGUUGUCCAGCACUCUCUGUUUGGGACUUCAGUCACCAAGACGAAAGACCCACCCCGCUACGAGGAAGCCAUCAAGCAGACACGCAGUGCACAGUCAUCCCUUCCGGAGAUUUCCAAUGCACACAGUCAGCAGAUGGACGAUCUCUUUGAUAUCCUCAUAAAGAGUGGAGAGAUUUCUCUUCCUAUAAAAGAAGAGCCUUCUCCAAUUUCCAAAAUGAGACCAGUGACAGCCAGCAUCACCACAAUGCCAGUCAACACAGUGGUGUCCCGGCCACCACCCCAAGUCCAAAUGGCACCACCUGUAUCCUUAGAACCUAUGAGCAGUUUAUCUGCCAGCUUAGAGAACCAACUAGAAGCCUUCUUGGAUGGAACUUUACCUUCAGCCAAUGAAAUUGCUCCACUACAGAGCAGCAGUGAAGAUAGAGAGCCCUUCUCUCUGAUCGAAGAUCUCCAGAAUGACCUGCUGAGCCACUCCAGCAUGCUGGACCAUUCACACUCACCCAUGGAGACUUCUGAGGCCCAGUUUGCUGCAGGUACUCCUUGUCUGUCUCUUGACCUUUCAGACUCAAACUUGGACAACAUGGAGUGGCUGGACAUCACCAUGCCCAACACAUCCUCAGGACUCACUCCUCUCAGCGCCACUGCACCAAGUAUGUUCUCUGCUGACUUUCUAGACCCGCAGGAUCUACCAUUACCGUGGGACUAACAUCACAGGUUGCUUGUCCCAGAGUUCAUGAGGUUUCAGAACAAGAAUUGAGAGGUCAGUUUUUAGAGAUAGCUACGUAGUUGCAUUAUUGCAAUCAAAAUAUGUUGUCCUGGAUGGAAAGUCAUAGCCUGGAAACCAAGUUUGAAAACAUUUCACUGUAUGCAGCAGUGAGUUUCUGCAAUUUAAUACAGCACAGGGCCUUCUGAAAAAUACACUCGUCCCAGAAGACUCCUCUGUUUCGCCAGACUGCAGUAAAGAAUGACAAAAGUACUUUUAGAUAGAAACAUAAGAAGAGUAAUGUAUGCAGGAAAAUGACACUAGGAUUCCCUGAUAAUCAAUUACAUUUACACCUGUGUGGUCACUUAAUGACCCUAAGUAACAGGCAGAUAACUCCUCUCACAAAACAAGGCUGCUGUGAGGGCCAUGAGAGGUCCCUGCAUGUGGCACUUCCGAGAGGAGCCUGAGCCAGGCCAAAGUACAGCAGAAGUCAGAGCCAGUGGCAAGAGCUGGCCAGUGCAGUGACAUCUUCCAGCUGAAGACUUUGGGUUCCAUUCAGAAACCUAUGUGAUUUUUUUGUGUUAUAUUUUAUUUUGUGAUUUUUGGAAUCUUACUUUAGAUUUCCAAAUUUAAGUGAAAGAUAUUUCACCAUAACCAGAUGUCAUACACAACCCACUGUAAAAAGUCCAGGUAUAUUGAUAACACUGAAAAUUCUAUUAGCAGCCCUCUGGGUUUCUUACAUUGGUUUUCCUGUGUAUAUCAGACAUUGGUAUGUACACUCUGACAUGGUGAGCUGUACAGCCUACAUCAGGAUAAGGAAAUGGACACACAAUGGUCCGACUUCUAACAACUCACAAUGUUUCUAGAGUACUUGAGCCACAUGCAUUUUUUUCUAUAAAAGAGUUGCUGACUAACUUUCAGGUAACCAGACCCAUCUCAAAGAAUCAAGAAACAUGUUUUAGCAUGAAAUACCUUCCUGAGCUAGUGAGGUAGGAGAGUAAGAGGUAAAGGGAAAGCCUGUCGUGAGCCCAGGACGUCCCCACCCUGAGCCCAGAUGAGGUUGGCUGACCUUUUCUGUCGCAGACCCCUGGUUCUCCUUUAGCAGGCCUGUAACUGGAUAUCCUCCCAUACUCUGUGUUAUCAGCCUAAGAUUAAAAACUGGACAUUUUAUUAGUUUUUUUAUAUAGGAAAAAGUUACGUUUGUUGAGUAGUUUCUGAUGAAUUUUCUAAAAUCCCAACCAUAAGGUUUCCAACAUUAUUUCAAUUUAGUCAUUGAAGUAUAUGCAAAAUGUAAAUGAACAAAACUGAAAUCUUCCAAAGGAGCGUGGAUAUUUUUAUUAAGUAAUAAUACCAUGCUUUCCACUUUACUCUUGCUUAAAGCUUAGAGUCAGAUCAAUCCCUGAAUCACUAAUAGUUAAUGUUCCAGUGAUUGUGCUGGCUGCACUGACCCAUUGUUUGGAAAGAAUUUGUGAAUUAUUUGGGGUUUGUGUUUUGCCUAAAAGUGAUAUUAUUUCCAAUUUUUUGUUGUUUAUAAAUUUUACAUGUGACAAAAAGUCUGCUUUUCCAGCAUGAGCACACUGGGGCCCUUUACUGAUUGACACUUGAGGCUCCAGCAGCUAACAGUGCUCACAUGACUCCCAAACAUGAGGCUUCUUUGCUCAGCAGUGAGUAGUUUUAAGUGUUUAGACAUUGGUAAUCCAAUGCAUUGGCUGUAAAAACUCUGUUAACCAGAACACUGUCACCCGACCGAGCCCAACACAGGCUUACCACAUUGGAGGUGAGCGAAGCCUCAGUCCCAGUGACAGGGCUGUCUCCAAGGCACAGAUGUUUGAUAAGGAAGGGGACUUUCUAAUGGCAAGUCUUGGCGCUGGGUUUUGGCUGAGGGCUUCUGUCUGGGGUUGUCAGGUCCAUACUUAGAGUCUGUGAGCAUCUGUUGAUUCAGAUUUGAACGGCUUGUUAAAUUAGCAGUAAAUAUCAGUGGGACUGCAGGAGGCAACUGAGCAUCUAGUGCUGUUAACUUGUGUUGAAGAGGCCAGUGUUCCCACAAUUCUGAGUUGUAAGCAUAGAUAAUGUUCUAGUCCUUGGGUCCCUUUAUUACUGUAAGAUAGGUUUUGAGAUAUGCCAUAGGAAGGUUGCUCUCCAAAAACACAAUGCCAUGUGGAGAAUGCCAUCUCAUUGGCAGUUCAGUCAGAGAGAGCAGGCUGAAGUGCCCACUUGACACAUGCAUUCACUGACACCCUCGUUGUUUAGAAAGUGAAGAAUCUCUAGCUGUGAACCCACAGCUACCAUCCCACUUGCACCAUUCCAUGUGGCCCCUCUCCGCUACCAGCAGAUACCUGUGACAUGAGUGCUGCUCUCCAGGACCCACCCUGUGUUCCAGGCAUGCAUGUGACAUGACCAAAGACCAUACUCUGUCAACAAGGCCCUUUAACCUAACUCUGUACCUCAGUAAAUGCAAUGGGAAAGGGUGUUUACUAUAGGUGACUUUUUAUUUAGGGUUAGUUUCACAGCCAUUAAAGCACAAGUCAAAAUAGCCAGUUGAAUUUUCACUAUGCAUGUGUGUAGUUUAGACGUGGCACUAUUGUGUAUUAUAUUGCAGAGUAUCUUAUUGCCAAGAAAAUAACUCCAAGAAAUGUAUUAUGUCACACCCCAGUCUUAUUUCCCUGCAUAUUCUCAAAACACGGCAGUAUUGACCUUUUCUUUUACUGUAUAUAGGUAUCAAAUCAUCUUAUUGGAGGUGAGAUGAAUACAAAGAAUUACACUAAAGCCUCUAGAAAAUUUUGGAAGUGUAGGGGGAUGUGGGCAUCUCAUGCAUCUUAGAGUAAAGCAUCCAUCUUCUAGGAAGCCUCUUAGGACAGUGUCAGCAGUUCAUGUUCUAGUGCUUUCCUGAAAUGUUUUAUCUAUGUAAUAGGAUUUGCUACAUAACUGAACACAGAUAUAUUCUGAAUCUGAAAUUUUUGCUCAGACACUAUUUGUGUUUGUUUCAUAUGAAUAUUUUAGUAAUACUAAGAGGUCAUGUUUAAAUUUACUUUUUAAAAGUUGCAUGGCUCUGAUUGGUGUGACUGACACUUACUGGUUUUUUAGAAACUGGGGCAAAGGCAGUCUGGUGUUGCCCCAGGGCUGCAUUUCAGGAAGGCAAAGUCAUGGAAAUAAGAUAGCACCACUGAACUGUGUAGUCAGCGGACACUGAGUGACACAUGAGAGCAUGUUACCCAUUUUGUCACCAAAGCUGACUCAGGCUUCCUCUGCCCUCAGCCCCUGAUCAUUCCAGGCAACACAGUUUUCUUCAGGGUCCUUUCAGAAUUCCCAGGCGGGAACCAACCACAACAGCUGACAAAGCAGCUGUCCCCAAAAGUGACAGGGCAAUCUCUUUCCUGUCUUGGAAUAGAUUUGGCCUUAGAGAAGAGGCAAAGCAUUUGGCAGGGUUGAAAAUAAUCUGAGAGGAGCCCACACUUAAGCAUUACCCUCAUGCCACUUCUGCAGGCCCUAGUAGUGGCUGGCCUCAGGGGCACCUGGCUGUCAGUCAUGUGAGGAGCUGGCACUGCUAGGGACUUUAGAGAAAUGUAAAGAGAAUAGCAAUUCAUUGUACCAAUAGAACACAGGUUAGGGUAACCAAAUUCACAAGUAACUUAUUGUCAUUAUGCAUAUGAAUGCUAAAUACCGGCACAAAUUGACCCACUUCCCUAUAGGACGUGAAGUUAGCCCCAGAUGAUCCAAGAACAUUAACUGGAAGGUCAGGUUAACCAAGGAACGUAGCUUACCAGCUUACUGUGUAUUUGGAGAGCAUCCUAACUGUAUUUCAGCAGAGCUUUUAAGUGAUUUCAGUCAAAACUGGAAAACAGGAUGUAGUAAUUUUUUUCCUUGUUCAAACCUUCAAUCAUUUGCUCAUUGAACUAUCUUUCUUGGCUGUGUUUUUAUUUGUAGAUGACUGACUACUGGCAGUAAGUAGGUCCACAUUUAUUCCCCACUCAGCCGCCUUACAGUAUCUGAGGAAAUGCACCAUUUCAAAGGGUUUCUACUUGAAAUCUUUUGUUGAAGGCCUGUAAUUCAGAAAGCUGCACAUGUUUACAGAAGAGCUCUUAUUCUCCAUGCACAUACAUUGCUCUGUGAACCAUGAUUGAAAAAUAUCACAGUUUUGAGACAACGGGAUGGCAGUCUGAGAACUACAAGGUGCUGUCGAGAAUCAAGUAAACUGUUAUUGGAGAUGUCGACACAGCCAUAGUACAUAACAGAGCUUCAUGCCAACUACUAAGACAAAGCUUUAACAAAGUUUAGAGAAUCACCGAAGGCAGAACAAUUACCUCUCUACAUUUUGCAGCAAGGAAUAUUGUUAAUUUGGUAGGAAGUGGAAGCAUUUAGGAAAGGAUUUAGUAUCUACCAAAAGUACCUGACCUCAAGUAACCAAUAGUAAUGCAAAAUGCUUUAAAGGAACCAAAGGCAUUGCCAAGUAUUUGCCAAAAGGAGGCACUUUUUAUUUAAAAUUUGAGACUAAUGAGAUCUCAAAAAUCAGUCCCAAAAAAGGUAUUAUCCACUUAAAGUUAUAAUUUUCACAGAGAUGUAGAUAUUCCUCUAUUGUUUUCAUGUAAAAUAGUAUACAGUUGUUUUGUUGGUUUAAGAAUAAUACAUAUUUGGUAGUAUUACAGUUUUUCCCUUUCUAUGUAGAAACUAGUUUUCUUGCUUGAAAUAGAAAUGCAAUGUGAUAGGUAUUUCUUAUUUUCAUUGUCACAUUAUGUCUUAGCAUCUCACUUUAUGAAAAAGAGGAGAAAGAUACCAAUCUUCAGAGCCCUGCUUGUUAAAAGCACUAGUUUAAUAAAUAAAAAGUUAUGGCAAUCGGGGGGUCCAUUCAUGUAUUGCCUUUAUGUUGUUUCUUAAAAGAAAAACCAUGAUGCCUUUGUAUUUGCUGUUUGCACCCCUGGAAUCAAUUCCAUAUCGUGUUUGAAUGCCAUACAUUUUGCACAUGUACUGUACAUAGGUAAUGCAUACUGUAUUUUUAUAUGUGUACACAUUUAUCAUCAGAUCUUUUGUACAUAGUGGCAGUAUCGUAGAUGAUCGGGAAAUGUUUGAUAUCUCAGCGAUUUUGCAUUUUUGUGUUCCAAAUAAAAAAACAUUUUGAUGUAUAA